AUGCGGACUAGCCUGUCCUGUGCUGCGUGUCGCAAAGCCAAGGUGAAAUGCAUUCACCAAGGGUCAUCCCCGUGCGAGCGAUGCGUCAAAACGAACAUCCAAGGAUGCGCGUUGACUGAAACGCGCGUGCGCUCUGCAGCUGUCUCGCAAAAACAGCAAAAGCGCAAGCGCCCGAGGGUAACGAUCAACAAAGAUAUUGACGAUGUUGAUCCAAACGAUAACGAUAAUGUCAGCGACGGUGGCGUCAACGACAGUACAAAUCCGACGCCCCUGGCCCAUGGCAGUUGUUCAAUCUCUGCAAAGCGAAACGAAGCCACCGUGGAUGGCAGGGCUCGCCCUCGCUCUACUAGCUCAUCGUCGCCAUCACCAGCGUCUGAGAAGACUGUUUCAACCACCCAGGUUGAGGUUCAUCUCUCCAGCUUAAAGACUGGUACUAUUGUGCAAGUAGUCAAAGGCUUCACAUCCAGAUAUCCGGAGCUUGCCAUGAUUCACUUGCCAACCCUACUCAAAGGCUUCGGCGUCUCUCACGGAGCAGGGAUCUCUGAGGGUGUUCAAGGUCAAAAAACCUGCCAACGGGAAUAUCGUGUCUUGAUGGCGGCUAUACUUGCAGCAUAUACGGCGUCUAAAUAUACCGGUGAUUCGAGCUCGCUUGAUGGAUUGUACGAACGCAGGGUCUACGAAAGUUACGCUGAAAAGCUGUUAUCAAAUAUGGCCUUCACAAGUCCGCAUAUGCUUGUUGCCCAGGCACUUUUGAUCAUAGCAGUGCUCAAGGGAAGCUCAUUUGACCUGCACAAAGCAUGGAUGUAUUGCGGUGCCGCCAUAAGAACGAUGCAGUUUUGCUACGGCGCCCGCCGUGCCUCUCUCGGUAACGACUCGCAGGCUAUCGGUUGGGCCGAGAGACACGCUCGCGUCAUUGAGUCAAGAACCUUUUGGUCAUGUUUUAACGUUAGCAGUAUGAUUGACCUAGGCACUUUGGCUCAACCUCUUCUACCAUUCCAGGAACUGGAGCAAAUGGACCUACUCCACCCACUCAAUAAUUUUGAUUUCGCGUUGAGUAUGGAAUCAUCUACUCGAGGGCCUCAAAUCACUGCUGGUAGUCGAUCAUCUAUGGCCCCAGGUGCUGAUGUCCAUUUGUGGAGCAUCAGCGACGGCUUCGAAGCCAUCUCGAAAGGCAUAGUGGUAUGGAGCCAGACCAUGACGUUUAUACGAAACGAUGGACGUCGAGCUCCUGGAAUGCGAAGCCCAGAAAACUGUCCCUGGUCAUCUUCAUCGCCGUGGUCUUCAAUUUCCGAGAAUCUAGAAAGCUGGAGGGCCCGCCAACAUCCAGCUCUUCACUAUCCAAGUCAAUCAGUAGCCGCACAUUCUGCCGUGGGGAAUGGUGAAACCUUUUUGUUUGUCAACAUCAUCUAUUACCUGAGCAUUAUUCUCCUAGAUCGAGAGUACUUCCCUUUCCUCCCCGUGACUGAGCCCGAACCACGCGGGCCCAUCGAGUAUCAACUGGAGGCCCAGGCACCCCCUGGCUGGUGGCAUUCGAGCGCGUGUCGUCUCUUCAAUGCGACAUCAUCGGUGGCCCAUCUUCUCAAAGAGGCCUCAGAAUGUGACGUUCAGCUCAAUUCGCCAUUCACCGGCUUUUGUGCUUUUAUCGGAGCUUACAUGAACCUUUAUGUGACCCAAUUCCCCCAGAUGAACUUGGGUCAAUCGACCAAUUCUAAACAUGAAUUUAAUCUGUGCUAUGAAUACCUCAAAGAAUUUCGAAAAACAUGGUUGUUGGGAGAAGGCUGGCUUAUGCUAACGAAGCGAUGA